AUGAGUUGGACCGAGAAAAAUGUGUUUUUCGUAAGCACUCUGGGCAUCAACGAUGUCGCAAAGCCGGGCCAAGGCGUACACGCUCCUGGCAAAGACGAUUUGCAUCCAGAGCGGUCCCCUAUCAGAGAGCGGAGAGUGGCGAUGCGGAAGCACUGGAGCAACCCAGGCGAGUCGUCGAUGCUUUCGGCCUAUGAGGAAGAUGCCGCCUACGAAAUUGCAUCUCGAUAUCUACGACAAGGAAAAGAGGUGACCCUCGUGGUGAUUAGCUUGCUCGUGGCCGCUCGGAACGAGGUACCGUUUCUUUCUGCCGGGGGUUAUGCCGUUGACACGCUGCAUAUAAAGUACCCGGAUCAUUUGGAACGCUACUCUCAAGAUUGCGCAAUCACAGAGAUUCGGCAGCUGCGACGGAUACCUCCGAAAUAUGAGUCGGUAUAA